AUGUCGCAAGAAUCUGGUGAGAUUUACACUGAUUCAAGCAGUACUUCCAGUGAUGAUGAUUCAAUCAGUGAAUUAUUACCAAUUAAAAAUCCCAAACACGAUCCUAAUGAUGUAAAAGAUGAGAGAUCAAGUGAAUCACCCAAUAAGUUAACUAAAUCUAAGGGAUCUGAACCAGCAGCUAAGGAGGUUUCUAAAGCUGUUGACAAACUGAUUGAACGGAACCUUGAAAUAGAUGAUUCAUCAGAUGAUGAAGAUAGUGAAGAUGAGUUGGAGGUGAAGAGUGAGUUAUUUGGUGAUUUGGGAAGUAAAGUUAAGGAAACCGUUUCGUCAAAUACAAAAUCAGUUUCCAAUUCACAAGAAACAAAUGAAAAAUCACAAACACCAAAGAGGAAAAGAAAUAAGUCAAAAACUACUACAACUGACACUAGUAAGAAUGUGAAAGAGGAACAGAAGGCUGAAGAACAAAAGAAGGAAGAAUCAGAGCCGAAACCUAAGAAACCUAGAAAACCAAAAACUAAAACUGAAAAGAGCGUUGAGGUGAAGGAAGAAAUGAAGAAGUUAAGUAAUGAACAAGUGUUUAAGUCUUUGAAGGAUAAGAUUGACGAUAUCCCAUUGGGUGAAUUAAAGAGCAAAUUACUCACAGAUUCAUCCUCAGAAUCAUCAGACUCACCUUUGUCCGAAGAAUCAGAUGAAUCAGAUGAUGAAAGCCCGAUCACUGAACCUCAAACUACUAAUCGACAUGAUGGUGAUGAAGAUGUUUCAGAUGAUAAUUACUUAGUUGAGGAACCUAAGAAGAGAAAGUCAGAAGAAAUUAACGGCUUCAAGUCUGGAGAACAAUUUAUUAACAAGGAGAGACUUAAGAAAACAUUUAAAACCAAACUUGAUAUACCAGAAGGAUGUGAAAUAUACUGUGGAAAUUUACCGGUAGAGUCAACAGAAGAAGAACUGCGUGAAUUUUUUGAAGAGUGCGGAAAGAUAACUAGAGUAAACAAGUUAAACGGUAAAGGAAUAGCCUUUAUAACAUUCGCAAACGAAGAAUCAGCAAAAAAAGCAUUAGACUAUAACAAUUCACCAUACAAAGGCCAGAAUUUAAGCAUUAAUAUCACAGUCAAAAAAGGACCAAAAUCACAAAAAUUCGGAUCAAACCGUAGGACCAACUUUCACUCUUCAGGAUCUAAUAGUGGUAAUUUUGGAUCUAAUUCAGGAACAUUUGGAACCUCUGGUCCAUCAGGGUCAAGAUCAGCACCAACGGAGGCUACAAACGAGAUUUGCAUUAGAAAUUUGAACUUUAACAGCAGUGAGGAGGGAUUGAGGGAAUUGUUUAGCGAGUGUGGCCAGGUGACUAGAUGUUACGUGCCAAAGUUUCAGGAUACCGGAAAGCCAAUGGGAAUAGGAUUUAUAUCAUUUACAACGGUAGAAGCAGCCAAAAGAGCAGUAGAGUAUGAUAAUACUGACAUUGAUGGCAGGACAGUGUCAAUCCAGUUUGCACUUCCAAGAGGCGGAAGAAGUUCCAGAGGCAGAGCUACCAAAGGUAGAUUCACUACAGGAAUGAACAAAUCUUCCACUUUCUCGCGUUCAUUUGGACAAAACAAACCUAACCGUGAUGACAACCUUAAUGGUACAAUAAACCCGUCUUCUGAACAAGAUAAUAAACCCAAAUCAAUCAUAUUUGAUGAUGACUAA